AUGAUGAGUGGAGCUGGAGAUGCAAUUUGUGAAGGAUGGCUGAGAAAGUCUCCCCCAGAGAAGAAGCUAAGGAGAUAUGCGUGGAAGAGGCGCUGGUUCGUGUUGCGCAGCGGUCGUCUCAGCGGGGAACCAGACGUGCUGCAGUACUAUAAGAACCCUCAGACCAGACGCCCCAUCAGGACCAUCAACCUCAACCUCUGUGAGCAGGUGGAUGCAGGUCUGUCCUUCACUAAGAAGGAGCUGGAGAGCAGUUUUGUGUUCGACCUGCGCACAGAGGAGCGGGUCUGGUACCUGGUGGCCGAGUCGGAGCAGGACAUGAACCGCUGGGUGUCGGCCAUCUGCCUGCUCUGCGGCUUCAACCCCACGGACAACGUCCCAGAGAGACAGUUGUCUCCGGCCUCUUCUGGACCCACGCCUGGUCUCCAAACUCCUGUCUCCAUCCCUCCGCCAUACGACCCAGUGAGUGUCCCCACAAGCUCCACAAACAGGGGGCAGUGUGCCGGGGACGAGGAGAACUAUCUGUGGCUGUCCAACUGUCAGAGCCACACCAGACCCGCGGUGGGCUCGUCUCUGUCCUUGGACACAGACUACAGUGACCUCUUUCCUGGACCUUGUGGAACCUCAUCCUCCUCGUCCUGCUCCUCCUCCCCCUCUCUGCCCCCCUCGCAGCCCCCCUCUGCACACAGAACGGCCCCCUGGACUGUCCCAGGCUUCAGCCAGUCCCUGGACUCUGCAGCAGACCCAUACAGACCAGGGACCCUGGAGAAGCUUCCUUUCAGACCGCCCUGUCACCCCUCCCCUCACCCUCGCAAACACUCCCUGGACCUGCACCUGCGCUCGGCCCCCGCGCAGCCGGCCCCCGCGCAGCCGGCCCCCAGUGUGUACCAGGUGCCCCGCUGCCCCCGGACCUCCUCCACCACCAGUGUGGACCAGGUCACCCAGGCGGAGCUCCGGACAGCGGCCCUCCAGCCUCCACCCAGACCCCCGAAGCCCGUGGCCCAGGGCGAGAGGUUGGCUACGCUGCCCCGCUCCGGGACCGAACCACAGGAAGAGGCCGGAGGGCAACACCGGAGCAGCACCAUGACUUUACCAGGACGACCAAACUCAGAGUCGUCCUCCACUCCUCGCUCCCUGUCGGACCGAGCCAGUAUCUUUGAGUUCAGCGAGAGUUUCAACACAUACUUUCUGAACAAAGGCCUGGUGCCUCUGGGCAGCGUGUGCUCUGAAGAAGACGAGGCUGAUGAAAACUAUGUUCCAAUGAGCGCCGCCACCACCGAACCUCCGAUAGCAAGAGCUGCUCCUCCUCCCCCUUCCCUCCACUCUCACGAAACCAACUACGUUUCCAUGACGCCACUACCCCCCAGCACUCUGGCCCCGCCUAUUCCUCCAGCACCAUGUGACCCCUCGUCUCUGGGGCGACAGGUCCCGCCUCCUGGUCACAUGGGGUUCCGAACCUCCCCUGUGACUCCACCCCCUCGAGGAAAUCCCAGCAGCCCCGGCAACGAUCCCCCUCCCAUUCUUCGCAAUCUCAAGCCACGCAAAGGGGCUACUGUUACUACUCCAACAUCAGAGAAGUCAGACACAGAUCAAACGCCCAAAGCUAAAGUGAAACCAGCUCCUCUCGACAUGACCUCUGUGCAACAGCAGGACUGGCAGGAAGUCCCGCCUCCAGUGCGUUCACCUGUCACUCGAACAUUCACACGAGAUCCGUCCUGUCGGCGUGAGGUGGUCCUCAGCAGCGCUCACAGCUCGUCUCCGUCCUCCGACUCGGAACCAGACGACAACUACGUCGCCAUGACAACUUCCAACCUCAACUUUAGCGCCGGAGAAUCGUCGCUGAGGUUGAUGCUGCACCGAGCGUCAGAGGGCGGAGUCAGCUGCAGCCCGUUACUACGACGACACAAAGACAAACCGGUUGAGUACUUGGACCUGGACCUGCACAUCGGACGGACCACGCCCACCAGACAGAAGCGCUCCCCGGCGGAGGGGCAGAGCGGAGAGGAGCCGGCCGCAGCGGAGGACGAGCGUGCACGAGGCGAGCGUGCACGAGUGGAGUACGUGGUGGUGGACCCAAAAAGAACCAAGGCCCUGAGGAACACCAGAGAAGCAUGGCAUGAUGGGAGAAUCCGCAAGAGAACUUCCUUGACUUCUAAUUCACCCUCUUGGAAUCACCCUCAUAUCGCGGACUCGUGCCUUGAUCCACCUGAGGUCUUCCCACCUGAGAGAAGAUUCCGAGCAGAAACAAGACAAGGAAGUGUAAGAAGGUCCACAGGCACCAGAGACAAACACCAUGAGGAAACUUGGAGGAUGCAGAGGGGCUUAAAGCUGCCAUAUUCAACUCCCCAGCUGCUCGCACAGAACCAGCAAUUGCAACUGAAGACCUCCCUGAACCUCUGA